AUGAGAAGUCCUAUUUUCGCAUGGCUUCUCGCCGUAUUUCCCAUCGCUACAGCCCUCCCGAACACCACAGUCGAAGUAGAUCUCCUCUUUCCCCGCGAAAACACGACCUACACCCUCAACUCCACAGGCAUCCCCGUCCUGCUGUCAAUCCACAAUCCUUCCACAGCUAACGCUUACGGCUGGACGUUCUAUUGGGAAACAUUUAAACAGCCGCAUCCCGACCUGGAUUGGCGUCUCCCCGUGAACAAUAUCUCCGCGCAGUUUGGAAACACAACUCGGUGGCCGGACAACCCGCAUCUGAUCACCAAUACGACGGGUCCCCUUGAGGCGGGGACGUACACCUUCCACUGGAACCUCCAAGGCGGCCCUUGGUGCAAGUUCGAACCGGGAUUCGGGAAUUCAUCUAGUAUUGCGCUGCCUCUUGGCGGUGGAUCGUUCGAGUUUCUGGUAGCGGACGAGACAGAGGCAGCGCCUGUCCUUGCUGGAGUUUGCGGCGAGGUGGCAGGAAUGAUGGACUAUGCCUCCACGACUACUUUCGCGAAUGACGGGAUACCGGGGAUGGGGGGUCACACGGUGACGUGCGGCGUUACAAGGAGCGUUACUGCUACGGCAGAGAGCUGUGAAGCCACACUCGAUGAGGGGCAGGCGAGGAGCGUGUCGAGUUUGAUGGGUUGGGGGGGAGUUUGCAACGGCGUCGGCGACGACAACGCCCACCACCACUGGUGGUAA